CGGUGUCCGGUAUGGCGGGAUAAGUGUUCUUUCGCAUGUGUUAGUUUUCCUCAAAGUAGCAGCAUCAGCGAAAUUUACACAACUGUCAAGCACAUUCUUUGUAUGUGUUUUGCGCAAACGCGUCUGUGUUGUAGUUUAACGCCGCGACCAUUGACAUCACUUUCGCAUUUGGUGGAAAUAAAACUUUGCAGCCCGUAAGCCGGCUGGCUGGGUGAGCUGUCAUUGCCGACGCUUCGCCACCGUUUCCACAGCUUUCCGAAACAGCAGGCGUUUGCACUGAAAAUGGAAGCACCGAUCUCUGCUCACAAGGACAGCGCUGAUCACUCCCUCCCGCUCCCCUCCCUGCGUAUCCUGGCUCCACCCAUGCGGCUGGUCUCUGCAGCGAUGUGGAAGGUGGUGCAGCGGAAGGAUGUGUUGCAUUAUGGGAAGCUGGAGGAGUUUGUCACGUCAGUCUCAGAGAUGGUUCCUGGGCUGCUCAGUUACAGGCACAGGGCCAAACUGGCACUGGGGCUGCAGGCCAGGCUGAUUCUGGAGCUGUGUCGCAGCCAGGACCCCCCAGAUCCCCGGCUCAUUUUGCCCCACCUGGACAGGAUCAAACCCCCUGCGCACAGAGGAAAGAGGGACGCAAAGGUUGAGAAGUCGACUGCUAACUUUCGGGAGCUGGUCGAAACACUCCUAAAAAACCCUGCAGGAAGAAAGCGCUUUUUCCAGGAGGAGUUUCCCAUUGAAUACGGACCCCAGUUUGACACGGCACUGGAGAAACUGCUGUGGGAGUUCCUGUCCCGACUGGACCAGCUGUUACCGGUACCCGAUCUCGCUCAGACCGUGUCGUGGCUCUGCGCUGCCCCCGCUGUCCUGGAGGAAUGUGCCAAAUCUGUGUCUCAGCCCCAGCUUCUCCGCACUCUGCUGCAGCACCAGAAACGCCUGGGACACGUCGACACACUUGCCUCUCUCCCCUCUACCUUGGGCGACUCCAUCCUCUCUUCCCUGUCCCUCCCUCCCUCUGGCAGAGCGCAGAACACCAAUCAGGAGACUGACUCCAGUGGCCAAACAGAGACCAGACGAGAUGCUGUGAUCCCCUCCUCCCUAACGCACCCGCCCAAUCGCAGACGAGGAAGAACGCCACCUGUCACGCCUGUGAUAGGCCUGAUCUCCAGUAAGGACCUGCCUGUCAUGGCCUCCGCGGGCAGGGGGAGGAGAAGCGCUGCAGCCACGCCCGCUCCGAGCGAGGGGGCGGGGUCUGGAUCCGGGGGGGACGUCCCGUGCUACACCGGUGUCAGACUGAGGCCAAGGCGGGAUCUGAACACGAGCGGGGAAGAGGGGGCAAAGAGAAUGCUGCAAAGGGGAGGAGUCCAGGAGGCAAAACGCAGACAAUCCAGAAAGAAGGACACAGGGGCGCGUAGAUGGAGGCGGGGGGAAGAGAGGGAGAGGGGAUGGCAGGAAGGGGAGGACCCGUGCCCGCUGGUCAUGUCCUGUUUGCAGCGCCAGCCCAAAGUUCUGAUCAACCGGCUGAGCUUCACAGACAUCACACUUCCUGUUGUGUCACUUCCUCGUCCCCCAAGCGGUGGGGGGAGGUCGCCGUGGAGACAGGACACGCCCCCAGAGGCGAGGGGAGCGAGGUCACCCAGGCAAGCGGGCCGGGUAUCCACCCGGAAGAGGAAGUUCGGCCUCAUGGCAACCCCCCGGAAAGAGCUGUCAGACUCAUCGGAGAAAGAGAACUGUGCUGACUCGCCCGUAACAUGGACCGCCUCACCUGUCCUCUCCACCAGAACACAGCACAGAGGGAGGGCCUCCUGUCCUGAUGGAGAUGAUGACAUCAUCAUAGAUUCUGAAGAUGAAGAGAUAAAGAACUUCAAAGGAAAGCUGUUUGUUAAGCAGUACUACAGGACCAAGCACAACACGUUUGUGCCCACACUCAGGGAGUUCUGGAGCCCUGGUCUGCCCCCGCGGGGCCCCCUGUCUCCCUGCGACGGGCACAGCUGA